AUGCACGUCGCAUCCUCAUAUCUCAGAAGGCGCUCUCUGAUACACCUUUCUUUUUUAAGCUUUGCCACUGUCCUUCUGCUUCACCAUACCGACUGUCCUGCAACUUCAACCGGCUUUUCUCUCUAUCCUUCAGCCUUCACUGUACCGUUGAUCCUGCAACGUCAACUGGCUUUUCCUACCAUCCGUCCGCUUCAGCGUACCAGCAACCUCAACCGCGUUUCCUACCAUCCGACUGCUUCGGCGUACCGUCGUUCCAACAACGUCAACCUAAAGAAGAGCGCAAAGGCUGCACAUGAGGACCCAGACGUACCGGACGCGCCAGAGAGCGAGGAUGACGCAGCGAACGAGGAUCAGCCAUUGCCGAAGAAACCUAAGAAGUACCGGACGAAGCAGACGGCGAAAAAGAGCACCGGUGGUCCCGCACCACUAAUGUCACUCUGUCGCUCCACUCCGUCUUCCGUUACCGACGACCUCAUCUCUGAACCCGAUGGUGCUCCUUUCCCUCCUCUCCGAAAAUCCGCUAGACAUGACCAGCGUAAAUCUUACACUGCUUACUUCAAUGAAGAUGAGCAAGCCAACAUGAUACCUCCUGCAGCAAUCCGCCAACCUGGUGGUACUGAACGUAUCUUGCUUCGGAAUGGUACCAUUCCCUUCGAUCCUCGCUUUGACACCGACGAUCCAUUUGCACGUCCCGAUCAUCCCUCUGUUAACAACGUUAUUCAAAACUCACACUCUGUUGACAACAUUACGCAAUAUCACGACCCCUCCUUCAAUCGAUACGAAAUGCCUGCUCCUCCGAACUACGAUGCUUCGUCUGAUUUCUAUCACGGCGCUUGGUCUACACAUCCUCACAGAGAGUACCCUGCCCCGAACCCUCAUAGUUGGCAUAGCGAUGAUCCAUUUCCCGGGUAUGGUCAUGAUAGUACUCCGUUCCCAAUUCGUGGUGGUGCACUGGCAGUAAACCGUAGCCGACCGUUCAUGAAUCCUGGCGUAACGGACCAUGUUGAAUCUCCUGCUGGCUUUCCAAUGCCGAGCCCUGGAAGCUUCGUCCCUUCAACUCGCGGUUUCCCUGCUGGUUUUAGUCGAGGCGGAGGAAUGAACCGUGGUCGUAUAUCAAGUCGCGGUGGCGUCGCGAAUCAUGGCGACGUAUCAGGGCGUGGUGGUAUAUGGAGACGAGGAAAUGUAGCCGGUCGCGGUGGCACAUCGGGUCGUGCGGGUUCAUGGAACAGUACGGCAAUGAGUCGUGGGGUUGUAUCUAGACGUGUUGGCGGCGAUUCAACCAAUGGGCGUCUUUCGGGUAACGGUGGUGGUCCAUCUGCUGUAUCAAGUAACAGUGUCUCUGUUGAAUUAUGUCGUAACGCGCCGACGAUCUCUAGCCAUGCCAAUUACACCAACCCUAAAUAUGUCUCUAGAAUGACACACGAUGUGUACUGUGCUGGAUGUCAGGAUGGUGGUCAGCUUCUCCGUUGUGAGGCUCCACUUUUAUACCAAAAAAUAUCUUCAUGUGGCCGUUUAAUCUGCUACGGUCCUCCCGCGAGCAAAAAAUGUCUUGAAUUCACGCCUGCCGCUAUCGAAAAUGUACUAGAUGAUCGAAAGAAUGCUUUGAUAUGUCCUCCCUGCUGGCUCGCUAUCCAUGAAUCCGAUAAAGAAUGGGAUGUGCCAUAUCCUGGUAUUGUUGCCCGUGAUGACCUAUCACCGAUCCCAAAUGUUCUUGUUAACGUCAACAAUGCUCGGCGUUCGUUUUUCAAUCCGCUUGACCUCCGACCCAUGGCUGUUCUAUCAUUGGCUCUCAAGGGAAUGAGCAGUCUUCUGUAUUCCACGUCUGUUCUUCACCUUCAAGAGUUUUACAAGGAGACAGAUAUUGUACUAUUAACUGAAUGCAUUGAAUUUGAUCUCUUGAAUCAACGAGACAAGUUUGAUCGAUCUAUUCAAAGACUGCUUUUGAAAAUCAAGUCCAACAAUAUCGAGCGCAUUGUGAUCUUCUUCACGACUCACUCAACCCCUGAUGGUGCAUUGCAUUUUUCGCCUGGUGGAAUGCAGAGCGGUGCUUCCGGUGUUACCUCCGAGGUUCUCGAUGCAGUGUUCCCCGAUGAUUUCCGUGCUACCCUGUCCUCCAUGGACACCACUUUGUUCGUAUUAGCUUGUGGUGGUGCAUAUAUGUUCGAAGAUUCUUUCAACUCAAUCGGGGCUUUAGCAAAAUCAAUGGUCGCCUUUCCUGCCCAAGACUUCCAACCAAAUAAUGCUUCUGGAUGGUGCAAUCUUUUUGUUCAUCGCGUGCUUCUUCAACGUGAAAGUGUGGAGCGGGUCCUCACUGGUGUUUGUGCAGACAGCACUAUUCUCGGUUCGCAUUCCCAUAUCCUUGUUUGGACUUACACUCCCACAUACCCAAAAUCGAACAAUGAAAUGCAAACUCUUGUGGUGUUGAAGGCAUUAUGGUGUCAUGCUAUCGAAGCUCCAUUUGGGAUCCGCAUAACCGAGGCGAUCUGUCGUCAAUGUGGGGUUCUUCGAAAACGCGAAAUUAUCCACAAUGCGGGUCAGAACUUCUUUAUGAUUCAUCUAAUGUACUUCAUUCCCGAUAACACAAAUUUGUAA